AUGUCGUCCUCGGGUCCAGCUCCGGUGCUCAAAAAGCCCAUCAAAAUCUCCUGCAUCCAGCUGGCCUCUGGUGCCGACAAGGAUGCCAACCUCAAGCAUGCCGCCGAAAAGGUAGCCGAGGCCGCCCAGUCCGGCUCCAAGCUCGUCGUCCUGCCCGAAUGCUUCAACUCUCCCUACGGAACAAACUACUUCCCCAACUACGCCGAGACGCUGCUCCCCUCGCCGCCCACAAAGGAGCAGUCUCCUUCGUUCCACGCAUUGUCCGCCAUGGCCGCCGAGAACGGCAUCUACCUCGUCGGCGGCUCCAUCCCCGAGCUCGAGCCCGAGACCAAAAAGUACUACAACACGAGCCUGACCUUUGGGCCCGACGGCAAGCUGCUGGCCACCCACCGCAAGACGCACCUCUUCGACAUUGACAUCCCCGGCAAGAUCACCUUCAAGGAGUCCGAGGUCCUCAGCGCCGGCAACAAGGUGACGCUCGUCGACCUACCCGAGUACGGCAAGAUUGGCAUCGCCAUCUGCUACGACGUGCGCUUCCCCGAGCUGGCCACCAUUGCUGCCCGCCGCGGUGCUUUCGCCCUCAUCUAUCCGGGAGCCUUCAACCUCACCACUGGCAACUUGCACUGGCGUUUGUUGGCUCAGGGCCGUGCUGUGGAUAACCAGAUCUAUGUGGCCUUUUGCAGUCCCGCCAGAGACAUGAGCGCCAGCUACAACGCCUGGGGACACAGCUUGAUUGUGAACCCCAUGGCCAAGAUUUUGGUCGAGGCGGAUGAGAAUGAGACUACUGUCCAGGCAGAGCUAGUGGGCGAGGAUAUCGCCGAGGCGCGGAAGAAUAUCCCGCUGAAUACUCAGCGGAGAUUUGACGUGUAUCCUGACGUUAGUCAGAGAGAGAUUUCGUUUGACAGGUUGUAG